AUGGUGACGCUAGUGAUAUUUACUAGUGUAAUCGGAUUCUAUUCACUACCCUUGGUGAGCAAGUACAUCUAUCCUCAGUAUCAUGGAACCAGCAUGAGUCUUCUGCUCUUCAAUACCACCUGCAUUCUUGCAAUUUCAUCCGCCAUCCCUCUCCAUGCCUCCCUUCUCGGUCUUGUCAACCCAUCAUUCCCACCUGUUUACUACUCUCUUUCUGACAAUAAUUUCUGUAGAUCUACUUCUGAUCUCUGCUUUCACCCCUCCGCAACCAUCUCUUCAUCUGCUAUAUUAGCUCCUCCUCCAAGUGAUCUUCAAGAAAUUAAACAACCAUCGUUGAUAUCAUCUUCCACUCAGAAAGACCCUUCAAGAGAAAGCGCUUACUUGUUACGUCGACAAGUUUUGCUAGCGGAAAUACCUCUGGACCAUCAAUUAGCGUCUACUCUGGCGCCACAAGUAGUUCAUCGAACUGGAAGCAAGCUGAUAGCUCUCUCGUACAGUGCAAUCUUUCUUCUGAUCUGCUAUUGGUUUUUACACAAUCGUGGCCAGGAAUUAGUGCGAAUUAAAGAUCAAGUGACUUCUGUUUGGUGCAUGGCUGUCAACUGGUGGCUCGGAAACCCUUCUUCCGCGACCUCUUCAUCUGCGAAUCCUGUCAUUAUGCCAUCGCCCACCUAG